AUUUAAGCAACCCUUUAGAUGCGUAUAACAACUUUUCAAACGGAGUUUACCAGGGAGGACGCUCGACCAUUUUGUCGUCAGUCUGUCGCGAACCUUCGAAGAGAUAAAAUGGAAAAGGAAAGCAUUGAAGAAAUAGGAAUUGCUAACGUUCGAAGAUCAUUCAAUUGGACCUCAAAACUUUUAAAAUGCAUGGGAAUUUGGCCAUUGAAGAACUACGUUCCGAUAUUUCUCUUCUUCUUCACAUAUCUUUUCUUACAUUGUUUUCUAACACUCGUACAAUUGUAUAUGACUCCAAUAAAUAUGGAGAACGUGGUAUCGAAUAUAGCAGAGAAUAUUGCUCUAAUCAUGACACUAUCGAAAAUAACAAUCGCUAGAAUAAACAGAGAAGCAUUGCGCAAAUUAUUCAUGGAAAUUGAAGAAUAUUCACUUACCGAGAAAUACGAAACUAAAGAGGAGAAAUUAACCUUCGUGAAUUAUACUAAAUUACCACCAUAUUUUAUUGUAAUAGUUGCCUCUUUAGCGACACUGGAAGAAAUAUUGUAUUACACCGGUCGAGUUAUGGAUGGGAUUCAAAUAGCAAAGCAAAACAAUUCCAUGGGUUAUCAGUUGCCGUACAAAACAUUAGAUAUCAUCCAUUUUACGGACAGCAGGAUGUACGCAUUGAUCUGUGCUUAUCAAAUGAUGGUCAUACCUAGUUUCAUAUGUGGUUAUGUAGGAUUUGAUUGCAUGUUCAUCAAUUUGUCCAUUCAAGUGAUCGCACAGUUCGCCACACUGUCCUAUAAGGUCAAGACAUUUUUAAAUAAAUCUAAAAAUUAUAAUGAGGGUAUGAAGGAACUUGUACUACGACAUUAUCGAUUGAUAAGAUUGGCGGAAAAAUUGGAAGAUAAUUUUAAUUUACCAAUUAUGCAACAAAUGUUGGGUACUACUAUUCAUAUGUGCAUUUCCGGUUACUUCGUAUUGAUGGGUCAAGAAACGGAGGAUAUUUUAACAUCGUUCAUGUUUGUUUUAUACUUUUCUUGCGUGAUAAAUACACUUUUCGCUUACUGUUUCGUCGGUGAAUGUUUUAUUCAGGAAAGUAACAAUUUUGCUAACGCCAUUUACAAUUACGAAUGGUAUAACUUACCGCCAAAGGAUUCCAAAUUUUUUCUUAUUUGUUUGAUACGCACGAAAAGACCGCAAUGUUUAACGUCUGGCAAAUUUGCCGUCUUAUCCUUGACCAUCUUCACAGACAUCAUCAAAACUUCUAUGGGAUAUUUAUCGGUACUACGAACAUUUUUAUGAAAAGAACAAAUGUGAAUUUUAUUACUAACAUAUUCUCAUUUCUAUUCUUAAAUCAUUCUUCCUUCAUAGGAAGAUAAAUGAUUUAUCUA